AUGGGGCACCGACAGGCUGUGCGCGACGUGACCUUCAACACUGCGGGAACACAAUUCCUCUCUGCUUCCUAUGACCGUUUUAUCAAAUUGUGGGAUACGGAGUCGGGAAAGUGCACGGGCCAGUUCAAUCUGAAAAAAGUGGCUUACUGUGUCAAAUUUAAUCCUGAUGAGGACAAGCAACAUCUUUUCUUGGCUGGAUGCGCUGAUAAGAAGAUCCUUUGUUAUGAUGUGCGCAGCGGUGAGGUGGUGCAACAGUACGACCGUCACUUGGGUGCAGUCAACACAGUGACGUUUGUUGACAACAACCGGCGCUUUGUCUCCACCUCUGAUGACAAGUCGUUGCGCGUGUGGGAAUGGGACAUUCCUGUGGAUUUUAAGUACCUCGCUGAUCCCUCCCUCCACUCCAUGCCUGCGGUCACUCUCUCGCCCAACGGUAAAUUGCCUUUCUGUGUGUGUGAGUCUGAAUGUAGGUUGAGAAACUGGCAAUACAACCGGAGUGCACCAGACCUGAUGGUUAUGUAA